GAUUUGUAUUAAAUUACCUUAUACUUUCAUGCAUAUGUUAAUUAAUCCAUACGUGCUGGGCAUGCAAUAAACACGAACAGCUGUUGCUAAACGCGGAGCAUAUUUUACAUACUCAUUUGUUAUUUGGCCACAAUGAAAGGGAACACACGAAGCGUUGACAUUAUUGCCGGCAAUUAAUUGUUAUCAGUUCCAGCAAACAGCUGAUUCCAGCGAACUUUUCACGCACAUACAUACGUGGUCAAAUUUGUGCGACACAAGUGACUUUUCCUCUGUGUUUGAUAACAGUCACAGGUUUUUAGAAUGUCGACAGCCACUAAAAAACGGGAGGAUAUUUUGCUUCUCUUCGAUGUGGAUGGAACUUUGACAUUACCACGUUCGGUGGUGCAGCCGGAAUUCGAGGAGUUCUUUUACACAAAGGUGAAGCCAAGGGCGACAAUUGGAAUCGUCGGUGGAUCUGAUCUGGAGAAAAUGUUCGAGCAGCUAAAUGGCAAGAAGAUACUAAAGGAAUUCGACUUUAUAUUCCCUGAAAAUGGCCUGGUACAAAUAGAAGGUGGCAAUGAAGUGGGCAAACAAAAUAUUAUACAGCAUUUGGGAGAAUCAACUUUACAGAGAUUUAUCAACUAUGUGCUUCGGUAUUUAUCUGAACUGGAACUGCCCAUCAAACGAGGAACGUUUAUUGAGUUCCGAAAUGGAAUGCUGAACGUCUGCCCGAUCGGUCGUCAAUGCACCCGGGAGGAGCGUAACAUGUUUGCGGCCUACGAUGACGAACACCAAAUUAGAAAGAAAAUGAUUUCAAAGCUUAAAGAAGAGUUCGCAGACAUCGAUCUUACUUACAGUAUUGGUGGUCAAAUAAGCUUCGAUGUGUUCCCGCACGGUUGGGACAAAACCUUCUGUCUGCGCCAUAUCGAAGCCCACCAUAAAUUCAAAGAGAUCCAUUUCUUUGGCGACAAAACAGAACCAGGUGGUAAUGAUUACGAGAUCUAUACGGAUCCUCGCCUUCAAGGACAUAAGGUCAAUACACCAAACGAUACCAUGCGAAUACUAAGCGAGCUGCUAAACAUUUGAUGACUAAUGCAUUUAUUUAAUUCCAAAUCAAAACAUUUCAUUUUAUGAUGUAUAUUCUGUAAAAAAUUAAUCAAUAUAUAUGUUUCAAUAUGCAA